AGUCGGUUAAAUAUGUAUGUGUCAGUGAAAAUAUUAUGUAAAGCCUAUAAUGUUCUAAAUGUUCAACAUAUAAUAAUUUCUAGGACCAGGGAAACAACGUAAAAAGAAUCAAAAUGUCCUUCUGUUCUUGGGGUGGCGGUGAGAAGUACAAAGAUCAUUUUGAAAAAGGAGUGUACGCCUGUUCAAACUGUGGAACUGAACUGUUUCAUAGCGCCAGCAAAUAUAAUCACCACACACCAUGGCCUGCCUUUAAUGCCACAAUUACUCCUGACUGCCUCUCAAAAGUGCCUGAGUCUACAAAUGCAAUCAAGAUUUCCUGUGCCAAGUGUGGAAAUGGUUUAGGACAUGAGUUCUUAGGUGAUGGACCAAAGAAAGGACAAAGUCGCUUCUGAAUAUUCAGUGCCUCGUUAAAGUUUGUUGAGAAAUAA